AUGAAUUGGUUUGAUUAGAAAAUGAAAUUCUAUUAUUUUUGUUUUAGAUCUAAAGAGAAAAAGAGGAAAAAGAAAAGAUUAAGAUUGGAAUAUGAGAAAUUAUAAAGUUAAUUGUAUUUAUAAAGUAGAAGAAUUUAAAGGUAAAAUUGUUAGGUUUGUAGAGGGUUUCUUUUGAUUGGUUAGGCUUAUUUCAGUAUAGGAAUUAAAUUGAAUACCAGAAUUCUAGAAAUAAGAGGGCUUGAUGUCUAAUUGGAACAAAUAUUCUUAUUUUCUAUUUUUAAAAACAACAUCUCAAUAUGGAUCCCGAAGAAAAACAAUUAAUUGGUUCAAUACUUAGUGGUACGUGAAUAUUAUGAUAAUGUCUUAGAUGAAAGUGAAGUGUAAAUGUAUGAAAGGAAAUAGACUCGAAAAAAGAGUAAAUUAUCACUGAACGCCAAAGAGUUCUAACCUAUAUUGAUUAACUCCAAAGAAUAAAUUGAAAUUCUUGGAGAAAAUCAUGGGUAUGACACUCUUACUUACAAUUCCACAAACUCACAACCUUAUAUAAUUAACGAAAGAUAAAAAGAGAAGAAGCCUUCCAUUAAAAUUUAUCAUGAUUUGAAGUAACUUUAAUUCUCACCUAAAAAACACUAAACAAUGUAACCUAUUACUCCACCCUAAACUUUCUAUUUGACAUUUAAUAGCCAUCCCUCUCUAUAAGAAGAUAAUCAAAUUCAGUUAUAAUUGAGACAGGACGAUUAUCAAUUUAGAAAUUGUUUAGAAUAAAUAUGUGGGAAUUAGAAUGCAUCAAGAAAUCUACAAAAGAUCUUUGACAAUGGAACCCCUUUACAAAGGACUAUGAUCUUUGAGACAAUUGAAAAAAACCUAAUUAAGACAUCAAAAGAUUUAUUUGGAAAUUAUUUGGUUUAAAAAAUAUUUUUGUCAGGUGAAAAAUAAUGGAAAUUCAGUUUAUUCCAUCAAUUCCAAGGUUAUUGUGUUGAAUUAUCUAAAAAUCAGUAUGCUUCUAGAGUGAUAAACAGAAUGAUAGAAUUUUUAAAAGAUGAGGAUCAUCAUUUUUAAAUCGAAUUUAUGGAUGAAAUAAAAUAAUAAGUCAGAUAAUUAAUUAAUGAUAACAAUGGUUGCUAUGUAUUAUUAAGUUGUUUGGAGAAUUUUGAUUACAAACUUUGCGAAUAUAUGAAGAAACAUAUAGAACAAUCUGUAUAUUCUAUGUCAUAACACACAUAUGGAUGUAGGAUAAUUUAAUUUAUGCUUCAAAAAUAAUAUAGUUAAUCAUUGUUAGACUAAAUUAUGGAAGUAUCAUAGUAACUUUGUAUUUGUGAAUUUGGUAACUACAUAAUUUAGUUUAUAUUGAAAAGUAAUUUUAAAUAGCAAAAAAUGGAACUGUUAAGAAUUAUUAAGAGCAACUUCUAAACAUUAUCUUACAAUAAAUAUGGAAGCAAUGUAGUAGAAGUCUUUCUUGAUGUAAUUGAAUAAGAAGAUAUAAAAUUUAUUACGAAUAUUAUGAUGGCUUCAGAUUAGGACAACAAUUAUUUAUUUGUAGCUUUUGCAACACAUCCUUUUGGAAACUAUGUUUUUAAGAAGUUCUUAUAGUUAGAUUAGUAAUAUAUAAUUCCAGUUCUUGGAAUAAUGAAGAGACAUCCUGAAAUACUACAAUAAAUCAAUACUUCUGAAUAUGGAUAGAAGAUAUUCUCUGUUGUAGAAAGAUCCAUUCAAUUUAUAUGAAUAAAAUGCUUGUGAAUUGUAUUAAAUUUGUAUUAUGCAGUAUAUUAAAAUAAAAGAAA